AUGCGAAAAAGAAAGGCAAAGGCUCCAAGUGUUAAAUCGGUGGCCGCUAAAUACAAGGCGGUAGCAGCCUCUGCCUCGGCAACCCCUACUGAAGUGGAGGAUAUGGCUACUGAGGUCGACACGGAAGAGGACUUCGCCGACCUCUCAGUGGCAUCAUCGAAGUCUAGGGCAAAAACAAUUCUGCCUAGUACAGAGCAGCUGACUUUAGAGCUGCGGUCUCAGGCUGACAGUAUAAUUGAAGACCACAUUGACCGUCAGCUUAAGGCCAUCGAGGAGGUAGCGAAUCGAUCCCGCAAUUUAAAGGGAAGCUUCGCUCAGAGCUUAAGGCUAGCCGUGCGAAAUGUAAAAGCCGCAGCUGAAGAGCUUGCCAGAAGGGCCACUACGGACGAGAAUAUUGCUAGACUAGAGAGAGAAAAUGCUGAACUACGUUUAACACUCUCUAGCCUUAGCAACAGAGCGGAUAAGCUGACGGAGGAAAUGAACUAUCUCCGUAAACAGACCCAUGAAAGAGUCAGUCUCACUAAACCAAAUGCAGAUGCUCCAACGCCCAGUAGUAGCGAGGAGGCAAUAAUGGAACGCAUUGGAGCGUUUGUUGAGAGUAAAUUGGCGGCUUUCGAAGCCCGGUUGUUGCCUAGUAAGGCGCUUCGCCCACCUCUGGGAGUGAAGUCCAUGACGGUUGCAACGAAGCAACUAACAACGUCAAUUCAGUCGCUUUCAGCAGUAACACCGUCGCAAAAGAAGAGACAUAAAAAGAAGAAGAAACGGCAGAAGCCCACAUAUCCACCAGUGGCAGAUUUACCUCCUGUAGCGAAGCCUGUGCUGCAAACUUCUAUAUCUGCAGUGACAAACUCUUGGGCAGAUGUGGCUAAAAAACAAAAAGUACACCAGUCGAUACAAAAAUCGCCGCAGUACUAUGUGCCCAACGAACGGCCCACAAAGUUUAGACGGAAACCAGUCCGUGCCCCAACAUCUGCGGCUGUAACAAUUACAUUACGGGAGGGUUCCACCGCUACCUAUGAAGAUAUGCGAAAAAGAAAGGCAAAGGCUCCAAGUGUUAAAUCGGUGGCCGCUAAAUACAAGGCGGUAGCAGCCUCUGCCUCGGCAACCCCUACUGAAGUGGAGGAUAUGGCUACUGAGGUCGACACGGAAGAGGACUUCGCCGACCUCUCAGUGGCAUCAUCGAACUUAAGGCCAUCGAAGGAGGUAGCGAAUCGAUCCCGCAAUUUAAAGGGAAGCUUCGCUCAGAGCUUAAGGCUAGCCGUGCGAAAUGUAAAAGCCGCAGCUGAAGAGCUUGCCAGAAGGGCCACUACGGACGAGAAUAUUGCUAGACUAGAGAGAGAAAAUGCUGAACUACGUUUAACACUCUCUAGCCUUAGCAACAGAGCGGAUAAGCUGACGGAGGAAAUGAACUAUCUCCGUAAACAGACCCAUGAAAGAGUCAGUCUCACUAAACCAAAUGCAGAUGCUCCAACGCCCAGUAGUAGCGAGGAGGCAAUAAUGGAACGCAUUGGAGCGUUUGUUGAGAGUAAAUUGGCGGCUUUCGAAGCCCGGUUGUUGCCUAGUAAGGCGCUUCGCCCACCUCUGGGAGUGAAGUCCAUGACGGUUGCAACGAAGCAACUAACAACGUCAAUUCAGUCGCUUUCAGCAGUAACACCGUCGCAAAAGAAGAGACAUAAAAAGAAGAAGAAACGGCAGAAGCCCACAUAUCCACCAGUGGCAGAUUUACCUCCUGUAGCGAAGCCUGUGCUGCAAACUUCUAUAUCUGCAGUGACAAACUCUUGGGCAGAUGUGGCUAAAAAACAAAAAGUACACCAGUCGAUACAAAAAUCGCCGCAGUACUAUGUGCCCAACGAACGGCCCACAAAGUUUAGACGGAAACCAGUCCGUGCCCCAACAUCUGCGGCUGUAACAAUUACAUUACGGGAGGGUUCCACCGCUACCUAUGCGAACCUGGCCAUACGG